AUGGGAGGCUCCUGCUCCCAGCCCGGCUCACCCCUCUGCUCCCGUGCGCCCGGUGUCCCUGGGGAGGGAUUUCACCCCACAAACUGCCCAGCUCAGCACUGCCUUCUCCUCCCCACCUCCCUCCCCAGGUGCGAGGUGCGGCCAGGACCUGAGUUCCUCACCCGAUCCUACCUCUUCUACGCCAACCGCCUCUUCAAGGCUUACCAGUUCUACUACUGGGACCCCUCCUGCCGCGACCCCUCCUACUCGCUGGUCAUCAAGGGCAAGCUCCGGCUGCGCCAGGCCUCCUGGAUCACCCGCGGGGCCACCGAGGCGGGCUAUUACCUCCAUAGUCACAGCCAGAAAGCCAUGCGGGAGGUGGCCUCUUGGAUCAACCAGACCUCCGGGGAGGGCUGCAGCGGGUUCCUGCCCCCCGGGCGCACCUGGGCUCCCGGAGCCCUCUACGAACUGCUGAGCGCCAAGACCGAGCGCGACUGCACGGCCGCCUUGGGCUUCGCCAUGCACGAGCUGAGCCUGGUGCGGGUGGAGCAGCACUACCAGCCCUUGCUGCAGCCACAGCAGAGCGGGAGCCGGCUGGUGGAGGAGCUGUACUUGGGGGACAUUCACACCGAGUGGCUGGAGAGGCUCCACUACCGACCCACCGGUUAUCAGCGACCUAUGCAGAGCGCCGUGCACCAUGUGCAUCCUUGCCCAGCCUGUGGGAUCAUCUACAGAGCCGACGAGCACCACCCGCCCAUCCUGCCCGCCAGAGCCCAGCUGCCCAUGCGGCUCAGCGGCAGCUGGGUGAGCACGCACUGCGAGGUCCGUCCUGCCGUGCUCUUCCUCACCCGCUACUUCAUAUUCCACGGCAACAACCACACCUGGGAAGGGUAUUACUAUCACUACUCCGACCCGCUCUGCAAACAGCCGACUUUCACCAUCUACGCAUCCGGGCAUUACACCCAAGGCAUCCCCUCCUCCAAAGUGAGAGGUGGGACAGAGCUGGCUUUCAAAGUCACGCAGGCUCGGGUGACGCCCAUGGACCAGGUGACAGUGAUGAUGCUGAACUCCUCAGAACCUGGAAGCUGUGGGCUGACGAGCUCCUGGAGCGCUGGGGUGGAGCAGGAUAUAACACCCACAAAUGGCUGUUUGGCUUUGGGCAUCAAGCUGCCCCACACUGAGUACGAACUUUUCAAAACGGAGCAAGACACGAAGGACCGCAGCCUGCUGUACAUCGGCGAAAGGCCCACGGAUGGAUCCAGUCCCGACAGCCCCAACAAGCGACCCACGUCCUAUCAGGCACCUCUGAUUCAGUGUGCUGGAGCGCCAGAGGAAUUCUCUAACUAUCUUAGUCUGAAACACUUGGGAAGAAAGGACUCUAAUGGGAAUGAAGCACUAAAACCUCUGCCUGUGGCCUUUCUAUUGUUUAUAGCACUUCUGUGUUUGAGAUGGGACUAG